AUGUCUUCUUCAUCAUCCACAUCAAGCCUCACCAUUCUCGCCACACCUCCCUCCCCGCCUACGUCGAUCCUCAAGUCUCCCGACUCACCAAGAUCCGAGAACGAAAAGAAAGUGAGAUUCUCAGAGGAGAAUGAUUAUUUCACUAUACCCCCUAGAAGAUCCAGAUCCAAACACAGACACAGAGACAGAUCCGAUACUCGGUCCAUAUCAUCAUCUGAGUGUAGUCUGAGAAAGAUCCUCGAGGUUUAUCAAUCUCCCCCUGCCUCUCACCCUCGAGCCGCGGGUGACACCAAAGAUCUUAUCAAUGAUCAGUGCGUGUGGGGUAUAGAGGAGGAAUGUAUUGGUGAUUCCUAUACCCAAUCUGGCGUAGAGAGAGCACGAAGAGAAAGAGAAGAAUGGCUUGGUAAACCGUCGUAUCGGGAUCGUACCUUGUCAUUUUCUAUCACCAACUUAUUCGACAUUAUUAUGGAUUUCUUGAAUUUUGGAUCUGGAAAAGUAGUCGAUGAUCCUUCAGAGUUGAAUGAUAUGAAUGAAUACAAGAUUACCACCAAGAGACGACUGUUUAGACCUACUACGUAUAGUAUCGUGUUGAACGAUAUGACAAGAACAACCUCUUGA